UGGCGUAUAAAUGCGGAAGUAGUCAUUUUCAAUAAUAUUGACUGACAGGACUAGCGCAUGUGUUUCUAAAAUGACCAAUGAUUAUUUUAGAUAGCAACAGCGGUUGGUAACGGUACUCAAACUCAACUCAAGAUUAUUAAAAGUCCCGAUUUGCAGCAAACGCUGAAGGUGCGCAACGGUCAUGGCUGAGGCUGGUGCUCAUUUGACCUCCAGCACUGGAGGUGAGCAGCCAUCCAUCUUUGAGCUUCUGGCUCAGGAGUCUCUGAUGGAGGCAGUUAAACCGGCACUGAGACACGCCGUCAAGGUUCUUGCUGAGUCCAACCCGUCCUGCUUUGGUUUUCUUUGGCGACGCUUUGACGAAUUCUACCUUCUCCUGGACGUCCUCCUGCAGAACCAUUUCUUGUCAAACUGUAGCGCCUCCUUUUCGGAAAACUUCUAUGGCCUGAAAAGGCUUGCAAAAGGCAAAGGCCCGGGCCUACAUGGGAAGACCCGCUGGCGCUCUCUUCUUCUCCUGUGCCUCCUGCCGUACUUGCGGGCAAAGCUCGAGGCCACGUUUGCGCGUCAAAGGGAAGAAGAGGACUUCUCAAUUCGGCUGGCACAGAGCAGAGUUCAGAAGCUGUACCGGGCAGCCGUGGCGGUCUACCCAUACGUGAACUCGGCAUGGCGGGCCUGGAUUUUCUGUCAGCAGCUGCUCUUUGUCUUUGGAACCGUUCGCACCCACCAUCCUUUGCUGUGGCUGGCCGGGGUCCGACUGGCUCGACUCACGGAGCGAGAUAUAAGAGACAUGGAGGCGAACAAAAGCAAAACAGGAAUCAUGGCUGGAGACAGCACGGUCCAACGAUUGCGUUGGUUGACGUCCCAAGUAGCGAGGGGCUUGGCAGUCUCCCUGUCGACCUCCCUCUCUUUGGGGGUCUUCUUCCUUCAGUUCCUGGAGUGGUGGUACUCAUCCGACAACCAGGCCGCCGCCAAUAGCCUCACGUCGCUCCCUGCGCCCCCGCCGCCCCUCCACCUGCACACGGAGGAUUCGGCGGGCGACGGGAUGCACUGCCCGCUCUGCCGAAAGCUUCGCGUCAACGCGGCGGCGCUGUCCACGUCUGGUUUUGUCUUCUGUUACCGCUGCAUCUUCGCCUUCGUGAAAGCCAACCGGCGUUGUCCCAUCAGCGGCUACCCGACUGAACUGCAGCAUCUCAUUAAGAUCUACUCACCUGACUCUUAGAAUAGACUCCAAGUGAAUGCUGUGCUGAAUUUUCAGGAUUUUUUUUUCUUUUCACUCAACCUUGACAAGUCAAGUAUCCUUCAGCAAGAUCGUUGUGCUCUGGUCGGCAGAGGUGGGUAGUAAUGGGUCACAUUAACGUUGUUAUAUUACCGUAUUGGCCCAAAUAUAGGACAGUGUUUUUUGCAUUGAAAUAAGAUUGAAAAAGAGGGGGUCGUCUUUAGAGGCGUGCGAAAUUUCCGAUUCUUAGAUUAUUCGCGAUUCGGUCAUGGAAGAUUCGAGAACGAUUCACAAACUUUUAAAUUCCGAUUAUUAAAUUAUACCAGGUAAAGUGGAAGUAAAACACAGCGCGGUUUUUGGGACGCAAUGAGGAACGGACCGAGAGUAAAUAUCAUGUUCAACUCAUGCCGCUAGAUAAAAAAAAAAAACAAUCAUACCUGACAGCGGCCGACAGCAGCUACAAACAACGCCCGGUUGCUAGUUGCUACAAACAAACGGCUACAGUAGAUAUCAUAUAUAUGUAGAACUAGAUGCAAGAUGACAGACGACGGCGGUGUUAGAACAUGUAUUAUUGAACAAAAAUGCGAAUGACGGACUUGCCGGCGUUAGUAAACAGCCGCCAUCUUAAAGCAGUAGACUUCUCUAGAAGGCUCUGUUGUAGCGAAUAAUCGAAUUAACUUUUUAUCUAAAAUACUCCUAAAUCGGCAGAAUCUUGUCUUGAAUGUAUCUUUAAAUGAUGAAAUAGUUUUAAAACUUUGACAGAAGGGAAAUGAUGGAAUAACGGGAGCAAUUUUAACAACUGUAACAGUUGAUUCACAACAUUAAAUAAAUUGAAUGUAGUUUAAAGCUGCUGAUACAGAAUGGGGACUGAAGUAUUUUAUUUACUGUUAUUUUUGUAUAUUUGUUUACUGUUAUAUGUUAACUUGAUACUGAAAUAGUAGUUUGGUUUAGCCUGAGAGGAUUUUUGAACAAUUUUGGAACUAAUGUACAAAACAUUUUUUUAAAAAAGGAGGGGGGUGCAUCAAUAAUCGUUUUAUAAUCGAAUCGGAGCCUCUGAAUCGUAAUCGAAUCGUUAGGUGCCCAAAGAUUCCCAGCUCUAGUCGUCUUAUAUUCGCGGUCUAGACAUUAUACCUAUUCACGACGCUAGAUGACGCCAGAUAUCAUUGAAGCGAUGUUCUGUUAUGACAGCUCUCAGCAACUCUCCCCAUUCACGACGCUAGAUGGCGCCAGAUAUCUUUGAAGCGAUGUUCUGUCAUGACAGCUCUCAGCUACUAGUUUAAUCAGUUUGCAUUAUUUUAUUGCAAUGUUUUUCCUUAUUCAGAUUUGUUUCAAGACUACAGUUACAGUUAGACUUCACUUUGAGGGGUUAAUGCAGUUAUUGCAAUUUUGUUGUUUUAUCACAAUAGAUUGGUUUAUUUACAUUUCAAAAACCAGAAGCCAUUCAUUUACGAAUGUGAUUGCACUUUAGUUUACAUAUUUAAAUGUUCAGAUAUUAAGAUUUGAAUGAGGCAAAAUAACAUGCUUUUUCUCGCAAAUAUAUUGUCAUAAUCAUUUGUUUCAGAUGUACUGUAAUUAUUUUCUGUAUAAAAAUUAAUUUGGUGUUCGAAAAGUCUUUUUUUUUUUUUUUUUUUUUUUUCAAACUUGAGUCUUGAAAAAGAGGGGGUCGUCUUAUAAUCAGGGCCGUCUUAUACUCGGGCCAAUACGGUACUUGAGUAAGUUAUGGAGAAAAAUGUACUAGUUUUACCACGCCAUACUUUUACUUGAGUAGAUACGUGGAGAAGAACAUACUCCACUAAUUUGGAAUACACUAAAGACAUCACUUUUUUUAAAUCUUUGAUUUUUUUUUAAAUGAUUUUAUUACAUUCAUAAAUUACACAGGUCUGAAAUUUACGGUCCAGGGGCUAAUUUGCGCCCACAGGAUAAUAUGUUGUGGCCCAUUUGACAGCGAAUCAAAGUAUUAAUGUUGCCCGCUCGUAUUUUGAGAUCGGCAAUAAAAAAUAUGUAUAAUUUUAAAAAUCAAUUAUUUAAAUAGUUGUGAAAAAAAUAUAUAUGUAUAUUUUUAUAAUGGUAAAAAAUCUAAAUAAUUUUCAAUAAAAUACUCUUAAAAUCUAUCAAAACAAAUUGUAAAAUGUUGUCAAAAAAGAAAAAUGAAGAAAUAAAAAAAGAGUCACCCAUGUGUAUUUUGCUCUGAAAAUUUGUAUUGUUUUUAUUUAGGCUGCCAUUGAUGGCAAAUUUCCCUCUUUUACUGACUACCACAACAUGUACUAUGUGACCUGG